AUGUCCUUUGAAAUACCCAAUAUUGGAGAUAUAGAAGAACUGCUUGACCAGCUCUGCCGAGCAACUGGGAACUUCAAGCAAGACCACAAUGACCUCGAACGCAUCGCCGCCUUGAAAGCUGCUCGCAGAUUGGUUCAGGCACUUGAAAAGCCAUAUGAUAUGGCAUUGAUGACGGGCUCUUCGCCGGUUCAACCCCUCUGCGUCAGAAUUGCCAUAGACCUUGACAUAUUCAAGACCCUCACGGAAAGGGAUGGGCUUGUCAACUUGAGGAACUGGCCGCGAUCAAGAACGCGGACCCUAUGUUCACAGGUGAUUAUGCUCCAUCUCAACAUAGUUGACUCAUGUACACUCACGUCCACAUUUCUCUGGAUAGAGCGAGUAUUGCGUAUCCUCGCAGGGGCCGGCUACGUUGUUGAAUAUGACAUCCGAGUAUACGCUGCCAACGCAAUGACCCGGUACAUGAGUACCCCAGGUGCAGUCGCCGUGCUCAAAUUCGGGUUCGAUGUUUGUAUGCCGUUAUAUGCGAAGGCACCCGAAUACUUUCGUGAAAAUGGGUUUCAAACUCCACUCGAAUCAAACAAAGGCCUUUUCCAAUAUGUCGAGAAAACCGAAGAGUCCAUGUGGAGUCUGUUGUUCAAGAACCAGGAAAACAUGGAUGAGUUUUAUGUCCAUAUGACAGGCAGGAAAGCCAAUCGACCGACUUGGAUUGACUGGUUUCCUGUACAAGAAUGCAUCAUUGACGGGUUUGAGGACCAGGAGGGAGGUGUGCUCCUAGUCGACGUGGCUGGGGGACGAGGGUAUGAUUUGGAAAUAUUUCAUGCAAAGUUCUCCGACGUACCAGGUCGUCUUAUCGUUGAAGACCUACCACAGGUGCUCGAGGGGAUGACUCUUAGUCCUGGGAUUGAGUGCCAGCCGUUUGACCUCUUUGAGGCACAGCCUGUCAAAGGUGCCCGAGCAUAUUACAUGAAGUUUGUAUUGCACGAUUGGGCAGAUCGUCAAUGUCACCAGAUUCUGCAACAGUUCAAGGGGACUAUGAAAAAGGGCUAUUCGAAGCUUCUCAUCGAGGAAGUCAUUCUAGCUGACAAAGACGCCGAGCCUAUUCCUUCCUUGGGAGAUUGGAUGAUGUUAGCCGUUCACUGUGGUAUGGAGCGCACUCGUUCUCAUUGGGAGAGGCUGUUGACUGCGUCUGGAUUCCAAGUGGUGAAGUUUUGGGAUCCCCCAUAUCCAGGUCAAAGUAUUAUCGAGGCGGAGGUAUCUUAG